AUGAUUCCUAUUUUUCUCUUCCUGAUACGAGAUUUCCCAAAAAAAAAAAAAGGGCCGCACCUUUCUCUAUCACACAACCAGACACAUCUUUUGCACAAAAAUCCCUCAACUUUUAGUGGAUUUAGCCAAAAUUUCAAGCUCUCCUGUAGAAUUUCUUACAAAUGGCAGGGUUCUGUGGCAACUCUAAAGAACGAUGAAGACAGUGAAGUUUAUCCGUCCCUCGCUGUCGUAUUAAAAAAAUGUAGAUGAUAUAAUUAAUUCCAACUGUGACACAAUUAAUCCUUAAUGAAGCAUGGUUAAUACUGUGCAUUAAGUUGAACAAAUCCGGGUGGUUACAGAAUAUGCUCAGCGAAUGUUUUUUUUUUAAUUUUUGAAUUUUAUUGCAUUAUUGAUUUGUACUGCUCCAGAGGGAGAGGGUUGCUUUUCCACAAGUCUUUUACUAGCUGUUGAACUCGCAGUAGUCGUACUAGCACUGAGUCUUUUCAAGGCCAUUGCUCAUGGGUCCCCAACAAUUAAAGGAUGUACAAUUGCUUUGCUUCCAGUGGUCACAUAUACUAGAGCAAGAUAGUAAGGGGGUUAGGGGUUGAAAUAGAGGACCUGUGUGUAAGUUAGAGUGAAUCAGGAGGGGCCUUGUGGAUCUCCAAGAACUGCUCUACUUGCCCACUUCACUUGCUUGGUCCAAGUUGUCAGCAUUUCGGGAGAGCAAGUCGGAUGAUAGGAGAUUCUACAUAUUUUCCCCCACAAAGACACUUCAUUUGAAGACAGAUUCAAAAGAAGACCGUGUUGCCUGGAUCGAGGCCUUGAUCUUGGCGAGGAGUUUUUAUUCGCUAAGAUCACUCAGCGGAAGGAUAACUUUUGUGCAAAGCGAUGUUUCGGUCUCGACUGCCAGGCUUCGGAAUCGGAUGCAGCAAGAGGGACUGAAUGAAAGUCUUAUACAAGAGUGUGAGCAGAUUGUGCUUACGGAGUUCUCCAGCUUUCGCAAACAACUGAAGCUGUGCUACGAGGACCAGCUAAGCUUGUUUGGAUCCUGUAGGCACCAUUUUGAGGAAGGCAAAGAUGCAAGUAUAAUACAGGGGGCGUUGACAAGAAAUGACUUUUCCAGUUCUCGACAUGGAAAUUUUAGCGAAUACAGCACUACAGAAUCUGAUGAAUUUGAGAAGCAAGAUGGUGGUGACUUGACUUGUGAAGAUGAGUCUACUUUCUUUGAUGCUGCAGACUACUUCAUUGAACCAAACGACAGAUCUUCAGCAAUGUUAAGCUCAACCAGUUGUGGUGAGGGACUUUUGGAUAUCCAAAUGGAAGAUUCUAGUCACUUAUUACCACAAAUCAAACGGCGGAGUAAACUACCAGAGCCUACAGAGAAAGAGAGAGGCAUCAGCCUUUGGUCAAUUAUUAAAGAUAGUGUCGGCAAGGAUUUGACACGAGUAUGCCUUCCAGUUUACUUUAAUGAACCACUCUCAUCCCUCCAAAAGGGCUUUGAAGAUUUAGAAUAUUCACACCUUUUGGAUCAAGCUUAUCAAUACGGAAAGAUGGGAAACAGUCUCAUGAGAAUUCUCAAAGUAGCUGCAUUUGCAGUCUCUGGCUAUGCUUCAUCUGUCGCAAGACCUUGCAAACCAUUCAACCCGCUGCUAGGAGAGACUUAUGAAGCCGAUUUCCCUGAAAGAGGGGUCCGUUUCUUUGCAGAAAAGGUUAGUCAUCACCCCAUGCUGAUUGCCUGCCACUGUGAAGGCAAGGGCUGGAAAUUCUGGGGCGACAGCAAUCUCAAAUCCAAGUUUUGGGGGCAGUCAAUUCAAGUCGAUCCGAUUGGUGUUCUGACAGUGGAAUUCGAUGACGGUGAAAUCUUCCAAUGGAGUAAGGUGACAACAACUAUUCAUAAUCUCAUCCUUGGGAAGCUGUACUGCAGCCAUCAUGGAACCAUGCACAUAAAAGGGAAUCGCCAGUAUUCAUGUAAACUCAAGUUCAAAGAGCCAUCGCUUCUUGAUCGCAAUCCUCACCUGGUACAAGGCUUUGUAGAGGAUGAUGAUGGGAACAAACCUUCGUUUUUGAUAGGAAAAUGGGAUGAAAAUAUGUAUUAUAGUAAUUUAGAUACUUCCAAGGUCAAGAGCGUUGAUCAAUUGAAAGGUGCCGUACUUCUGUGGGAAAAGAACAAACCUUCUCCUAAUCCAACGCGAUACAAUCUAUCGUCGUUCGCUAUCACAUUGAACGAACUGUCUCCUGAUCUUCAGGACAAACUCCCUCCUACUGAUUCACGGCUAAGGCCAGACCAGCGGCAUCUAGAGAACGGUGAAUAUGAGAAGGCAAACGCGGAGAAGCUGAGGUUGGAACGACGACAAAGAAUGUCGAGUAAGCUUCAAGACAAUGGCUGGAAGCCGAGAUGGUUCCAGAAGGAUGGCGAAGACGGGACAUAUCGCUUCAAAGGCGGUUACUGGGAAGCAAGGGAGCAUGGACAAUGGGAUGACUGCCUUGACAUAUUUGGGGAGUUUUCAGAGACAUGAUGAAUGCUCAGGUUCAGUUGCUUUUAGUAGCAUUAGACCAACUCCAAGUUCAGUUGGAACUCUGAAGCAUUUGCAGGUUUUUCUGCAUAGAAACAAGGACAGCAAUGCAAAUGCAAUGCAAUGCAAUAUGAGGAAGGAAUAGACAAUAGAGAGCAUUGCCAUCUUCAGUGGUAGAUAUGCAUGGAUGGCGUUGGUUACCGGGCUGUUAUUAGCUCAUUUCCUGAACAAUUAUUCGUAAUAAUGUUGCUCUUCUUUUGUUCGUUGCCUUGGAUCCAUGUUGGGAUUGUGAGGCCAGCACAUGUCGAUUGCACAGAUCGAGCAUCAUUUGUAGAAAAGGAAAAAGGGGUAAAUUUAGAUGAAAAAAGAUCACCAUGGAAUGUGACGCUGCAUUAUUAGAAAACCAUAUUCAGAUCUUUUGGACUGAAAA